AUGCUUGGACGGGGCCAACCGCGCUGCGGAGCCCACGGAGGGCGGAGGGAAGAUGCGGACGAAGAGGCGAGACUCACCGACCAGGACAACCAAAAAUGGCUUCAUUUUUUGGAGGGCGAGCAGGAGCCGGCGGCGAGGAUCGCGGACCGGCGGCGUCUUCCGUCGGCGCCGAGGGUGGUCGGGCUGGCGGGCGCUCCGCGGACUUGGCAGGUCAACCCGGCGGAGGGGAUCUCCGGAGGAAGCUUCUGCCGCGGUCGCCGAGCUCUGCGGUCCCCCGAAUGCCCACUGCCCUUGAUAUUUCUGGAGCGGAAGACGCCGCAGUGCGCAGGAAUUCUGAACGUGAGGCUGGUGGACGGGGGCCGCCGGUGUGCCGGACGAGUGGAGGUUUACCACAGCCAAGCAUGGGGCACAGUGAACUCCUAUGAGCGCUUCGGCUGUCGGACCUGGAACAUGAAGGCGGCGGCCGUGGUGUGCAAGGAGUUGGGCUGCGGAAUCCCCCUGUUAGCGCCGGAAAGCUCUCACUUUGGCGGCGGCGUAGGCUACAUCAUGACCCACGGCGUUCGGUGCACUGGGAGAGAGUCGGCUCUGAGGGAUUGCCCCUCAGCGCCCUGGGGCGACUACUCCUUGAAAUCCUGGGCCUCGCACGCCUACGACGCCGGCGUCAUCUGCUUAGGCUCCAAGCAGAGGGGACGGAAACCUGGAUGGCGUCAGCUCCGUGACAGCGAAGGAUAAGCUCAGUUGUCCCUUCUGACCUGCAAGUAGCCGUCUCCGUUCCACGUCAUCCCCACGUCCCACCCGUCCCCUCCUCCGACUCCAAAGGCAAAGGAGGUUGCAAGUGUUCUACUGUCCGCAGCCGAGGGGACACCCUCCGCCGCCGUUGCCGCUGGCACUGCCGCGCACCCCUUCCAGCCUGCGGUUCCCCAACCCCCUCACACCUUCAAACCAUCGCUCUUUUGUUUCUGGCCCACCUCCCCUCCCACUUGGCAGUUUUUUGGGGCUCGUCCCGCUUUCACUCUCUUACCUGCCCCAUCGUCUCCACGUUGUCUCUGCUCAAGGCUUCUCCUCCUUGCUCUGCCCGAUCGCACGCGUCCCCUCGUGCUUCAUCCGUCCUUCUUCUUCUCCCCCCCUUCGCUAACCACACUCUGUCACGGUCUACAGUUGCUCACCCGUCGAUGUCGCCCAUAGGUAUGAGAAUAAAGAUAUUGGCAAUAAUUGUAA